AUGGAUCCCAACGAGCAGCCUUCGUGGGCUGGCGGCGAUGCCCCAGACAAGGAGAAGAUGGAACAGAUCCGUGCUAGACGCCUGGCCAAGCUGGGAACUUCGACUCCUGCUUCAUCAAAGUCGGACGAGAACAAGGCUCCAGGCCCCGAAUCGUCGAACCCGUCACGCACGUCCACGCCGAAGCCGCAGACCACCUCGACCGACUCAUCACGACCCAAGAUCAACGUUACCCCCUCCGCGCCCUCCUCGAGCUCCGAUGCGAACCCCUUCACCAAGCUAGUGGCCAAGACUGAGAACCAGAGCGAGCCGUCAAGCUCAACAGGUAGCUUCCGUGUGAAUCGUAAGAGACAGGCUUCUGAGAUUGACGACGCUGUUCCAGCGGGCCGACCCUCUCCACGCCCUUCCAACUCUCAACCCGAGUCCGACGAGGCCUAUGCCGACCGAGUCCUGUCCCAGAUCUUCCGCAUUACUGUGGACCCGCACAACAUGUCCAGUCAUGGACACAGGCUGGUGUUCCUCCCGAACCUGAACCAGGAGCUCAACGACUCUGGAGAGCCCUUGAAGCUUUCAGCCGCUUCUUUGGAUCAAGCGCUCAUGGAGGCGGCUGGAGCAUGGCCUCAGGAUAAGCCUCUCAUGAACUACUUCUUGCCUUGCUGGAAGCGGGCUGUGAAAGCAGCUACUCAAUUCAAGGCCACAGAGGGACCCCGGUUCGAGGUGCAUAGCGAGGCAAAACGGCUGUGCAUGAGCAACUGCCUGUUCGCUUUGACCAUGCCGGAUCUGUACGGACGAGACCCAGACCCAAGGCAUGACACACUUGUGCCGUACCUCCUGAAGGGUGUCCUGGACGACAAUGGCCUAUGCUUUAACUUCAUCCAGGAAGCUAUUAAGCGGUUUGACGACGAUGACGCCAUCCCAGCCCUGUUCAACGAUGCCAUGGUUCAGAUCUCGAGUAAACUUGGAACCUUGUCCAUGAAUGACGAUUACAAACCAUACGUCCAGGCGAUGCUUACAUAUGCGCGAUUCCCACGUCUCAUCGUUAACUUGGCUAAACACCCUUGCUUUAACAUGGCGCAGAGCGCCCCUGGCAUCGAGAAGCACACUCUUCUCGGCCCCUUUUUCCGUCUCUCACCUCUCCAGGGCGAGGCUGUGAAGAGCUACUUCCCGGGACCCCGGUCCCUUGAUAAGACCAGGAUCAGUACUGCACAAGACGCCCUCCGCAUGGUGUUGCGGGCACACCAGGAUGAUCUCUUUGUGAUUACAAAUGCCUUCAUCCGAGCGGGUGCUGAUACACGAUCUCGGACAUUGGACUGGUUUGCUUACAUCAUGAACACAAACCACAAGAGGAGGGGCAUGCGGGUUGAUCCGAGGGAGGUUGCCUCAGACGGAUUCAUGAUCAACGUGACAACGAUUCUAGACCGAUUCUGCGAACCUUUCAUGGAUAACGACUUCAGCAAGGUGGACAAGAUUGACGACAACUACUUCAGAAAACAGCCGCGAGUGGACAUCAAGGAUGAGACAAAGAUCAAUGCCGACCAAGCCCGCUCGGACAGCUUCUACGCUAACAAGGUGCCUGGCGAGGCCAACUUCAUCUCGGAGGCCUUCUUUCUCACUCUUGCGGCGCAUCACUAUGGGAGCGAAGCCUGCAACUCACAGCUCAAGGGCCUGGAUCGGGACCUUCGGUAUUUUGAGAGUCGCAUCGAAGCGCUGGAGGCGGAGCGUCCCAGGAUGGCCAACGUUCCUGACCAUGCGCAGCGGCUAGAGGCAGCCAUUGCAACCCACGUAAGGACGCUGGAGAAUGCAAUUAGCAAGAAAUAUGCUAUCGAGGGUGUGCUGCUUGACGAGCGGAUGCAAAGUACGUCUUUGCGUUUCAUGCGAUAUGUGGCCGUCUGGUUGCUGCGUCUGGUGACCCGAUCCAAGUACAAGCCUGGUUUGGAAUCGUCAGAGAUUAAGCUUCCUCUUCCUGCCGAGCAAUCAGAUGUGUUUUCAUGCUUGCCGGAGUACACCCUCCAGAACAUCGUGGACAAUUUCACUUUCCUCUUCAAAUGGAUUCCCAAGAUUCUUCCUAGUGCGAUUGGAGAUGAGAUGAUUGCGCUCUGCGUGACAUUCCUUCGUUCAACCGAGUACAUCAAGAACCCCUACCUGAAGUCGUCAUUGGUUUCUUUGCUCUUCUCAUCCACCUGGCCAUUGAUGCAUCUGAAGCGUGGCGUGCUCGGUGACCAGCUUGUUGGCAGCAAGUUCGCCAAUGAGCACCUCUUGCGAGGAUUGAUGAGGUUCUAUAUCGAGUGCGAGUCAACAGGCGCCGACUCUGCCUUUUACGACAAGUUCAACAUCCGAUAUGAGAUCUUCCAGGUGAUCAAGUGUGUUUGGGUGAAUGAUCACUACAAGCGCCAGUUGGCAGAGGAGAGCAAGGUCAACAAGCAGUUCUUUGUUCAGUUUGUUCACAUGUUGCUGAAUGAUGCCAUUUACGUCCUGGAUGAAGCUCUCACAAAGCUCACCAAGAUCAGGAGCCUCGAGAGGGAACUUGAGGAUAGGUUCCUCUCACCGGAGGAUCGCCAGAAGAAGGACGAGGAGCUCCAGCAGCUUGCCAACACGGCCAAGUCGUUUAUGCAACUGUCCAACGAGACUCUCGAGAUGAUGAAGCUCUUCACCGAGGCUAUGGGCGAAGCCUUUACCAUGCCUGAAAUCGUGUCACGUCUGGCAGGCAUGCUCAACUACAACCUCGAGACGCUGGCUGGCAAGAAGGCGGCUGCUGAGCUCAGCGUCUCCAACAAGGAGAAGUACCACUUCCGUCCUGUCCAGAUCAUCUCGGACAUUGUUGAUAUCUACCUCAACUUGGAGGACUCGAGCGUCUUCAUCGACGCUGUCGCCGCCGAUGGACGCUCCUACAACCCUGAGGUGCUCAACCGCGUCAGCCAGAUAUUGACGUCCAAGCACCAGAAGGAGCCGGCCGAGAUUGCCCGCUGGGACAAGCUCAAGCUCAAGUUUAUUGACGCCAAGCUCCAGCUCGUCCAGGCCGAUCUGGACCUGGGAGAGAUCCCGGCCGAUUUCGAGGACCCCAUCAUGGGCGACCUCAUGACGGACCCCGUGCUGCUGCCCAGCAGGCACAUCGUGGACCGUUCCACCAUUGUGCAGCACCUGCUGAGCGACCGCAAGGACCCCUUCACUAGGCAGCCCAUGACCAUCGAGGAUGCCAUCCCGCAGCCGGAGCUGAAGGAAAAGAUUUUGCAGUGGCGCGACGAGAAGAUAAAGGCGGCCAGGGAGAAGAUGAAGACCGAGGCUAUGGACACAACUGAGGGUUAG